GCCCCAAUGGGGCGGAUCUCCUACUUGACCCGCCACUGACAUCCCUAAGUGUAAUGGCUUACCCUCCACUCUCUCUCAACUCCGCUCUUACGACAACCGCCCCGACCCUCUACUUACUCCGCCACCACCUCAACAACCUCACGACCACCCUGACCCUCUACUUACUCCGCCACCACCUCAACAACCUCACGACCACCCUGACCCUCCGCCGCAACAACCGUCGCAGCAGCAACAACAACAGAACCAACAGCAAAAUUAUUCUCAUAUUUCCAAUAUCGGCCGAGUCCUCGGCCGACCAAUAGAAGACGUCCGCGCCAGCUACAAUUUCGGCCGCGAAUUAGGGCGCGGACAAUUUGGUGUCACCAACAACCGUCACUCUGUCAAUUUGGUUAUGGAAUUGUGCGCCGGCGGCGAGCUUUUUGAUCGGAUUAUUGCGAAAGGGCAUUAUUCGGAGCGCGAGGCGGCGAGGUUGUUUCGACAGAUUGUUAAAGUUGUGUACAAUUGUCAUUCUAUGGGGGUUAUGCAUAGAGAUCUUAAACCUGAGAAUUUCUUGUUUUUAAGCUCUCUUGAAGAUUCGCCAUUGAAAGCAACUGAUUUCGGACUCUCUGUCUUCUUCAAACCAGGAAAUGUUUUCAAAGACCUCGUUGGGAGUGCAUAUUAUGUAGCUCCUGAGGUUUUACAUCGUAGUUAUGGUGCUGAAGCUGCUGUUUGGAGUGCUGGAGUGAUAUUAUACAUCCUCCUAAGUGGAGUUCCUCCAUUUUGGGGAGAGAAUGAGCAGGGUAUCUUUGAUGCUAUUUUACGGGGCAUUCUUGAUUUCACAUCUGAUCCAUGGCCUUCAAUAUCCAGUAGUGCCAAAGAUCUAGUGAAGAAGAUGUUGCGUCAAGAUCCUAAGGAAAGGCUUUCUGCUCUUGAUGCUUUAAACCAUCCAUGGAUGAGAGAAGAUGGAGAAGCUCCUGACAAGCCAAUUGAUAUUGCUGUUUUAACCAGAAUGAAGCAAUUCAGAGCAAUGAACAAACUGAAAAAAGUAGCAAUUCAAUGUGCUGAUGUCAAUGGUAAUGGAACCAUUGAUUACAUGGAGUUCAUCACAGCCACAAUGCAUAUGAAUAGAAUGGAGAAGGAGGACCAUCUGUACAAGGCCUUUGAAUAUUUUGAUGAGGACAAGAGCGGGUACAUAACCAUGGAGGAACUAGAGCAAGCCUUGAAGAAGUAUAACAUGGGUGAUGAGAAAACAAUACAGGAGAUAAUUGCUGAAGUUGACACAGAUAAUGAUGGUAGAGUAAUUAUGAGGAAUUUGUAGCUACGAUGAAGAAAGGCAACCCUGAUUUGGGUUUAAACAGACGGAGGAGAUGAUUCAUAGGACAGUAACUUUGUAAUAUGACUACUAUGACUGUCGUGUGAAGCUCGUCUACACCAGUUCUUGAACAAUGGCAGAGAUUUUGUCAAUAUUUAAACUUCUCCAACUAUUUAUGCCUUUGGAGUAGAGUGGAUCUGAUCCAGUGUUGUCCAAUUAUUAUAUAAGGUCCUGUGUAUAUGUAUUUGGUAUUCCAAGUGUAGUUUUUUGUUUCUUUUCCUCUGUAGUUGCACAAUUGUUAAUUGUUUACGUAUGUCAUUCAUCUGGUGAGCUGAAUACAUUUUGCUGUAAAUUAGUUGUGCCAGUGUUUUAUACAUAUAUAUGGGGCUGUAAUUUUUUCAAAAAUUGAGCUACGGAGACUUGGAGCCCGUUGGCAGGCAUAUGAUUAGUUGAAUGUAUACGUUUGAGAUAUAAAGGGUAUGAUUUGGUCCCUAAUAUGAGCUUCAUAAAGGCAGAUAUUUCAUCUGUUCUUUCUUUGA